CCGUGCUGAAUAUAAUCUGGACCCAAAUUCUUAUCGCCCACUUCUUUUUUAAUGCCAAACAAAACAUUCAAAAUAAAAAGUCAUUCCCACAGUUUAGGUCAAGUUCCCCUCAGUUCCGAUUCGACAGUGCACUGCUGUACAAUGAUACUGCUUUUGCUGCUGGUUGCAGUAGGUUAUCUUAUCUACCGGUGGAGCGUGGCAACGUUUGAUUACUUUGAGAAGUUGAAUGUGCCUUUCCUGAAACCGUAUCCGCUGUUUGGGGCGAUAUGGCCCUACAUCAAGGGAGAGAAAUCUCCGGUCGAAGCCACGACGGAAGGAUACCGGCUGUUUCCUGGAAAUCGGUUUUCCGGAUUCUUCUCGUUCCGUGAGCCUGGAUAUCUGAUUCACGAUCCGGAAUUGAUCAAGCAGAUUGGCAUUCGGGAUUUCGAUCAUUUUACGGAUCAUGCAAACAAUGUGUCCGUAGAGGUGGAUCCAUUUCUGGGACGGUCGCUGUUUUUCUCCGAUGGACAGCGAUGGAAACAUGGAAGAACGGCACUUAGUCCGGCAUUCACGGGAAGUAAAAUGCGGAACAUGUUCGAGCUGUUGACCAGUUAUACCGAUGGAGCGAUGAAACGACUGGUGGAAGAUGCAGCUGGAGCUGGAGAUAAACUCGAGAAGGAAAUGAGAGAUUUGUUUCAAAAACUGGGUAACGAUGUUAUGACAUCAAUCUCUAUCGGUAUGGACAUCGAUUCCGUUCAUGACCCUGAUAAUGAACUCUAUGCCUAUGGAAAACGUAUGGCAACGACAUCUGGUCUCCAAGGGUUCCGGUUCUUUAUUUUAACCCUUCUGCCAGAAGCACUGCUAAAAAUCAUCAAAAUACGCAUUAUUCCUGAGGACAUCGCAAACUUUUACUAUGAUGUCGUAUCGAAAGUUAUCAAAUAUCGAUUGGAGAAGAAAAUCAUUCGACCGGAUUUCAUUCAUCUUAUGCUGCAAGCUCGCAAGAAUGAGUUGAAAGCUGACAAAACAGAUGAAACUCUAAACAACGCCGGCUUCUCAACAGUCCAAGAACAUCUGGAAGUCCCGUCGAAAACUAUGGUCGAAUGGUCUGAUUACGAUAUUGCUGCUACAUCUGCGUCGUUUUUCUUCGGCGGAAUCGAGUCAACCACCACUUUGGUGUGCUUCACUUUAUACGAAAUUGCAAUGAAUCCUGAUGUGCAACAGAAGCUGAGAAAAGAAGUUGAUGCCACAAAAAGAUCGCUUGAUAACACUAAACUAACAUACGAAUCGAUGCAGCAAAUGAAGUAUCUGGACAUGGUAAUCACCGAAACGCUUAGAAAGUGGCCACCGUUUGGCGUCACCAACCGGCGCUGCACCAAGCCUUACACUUUGGAAAACGCCAAUGGCAGCAAAGUAACAAUACACAAAGGGCAGGUUUUGUUCUUCCCAAUCCACGAAAUUCAACGUGAUCCGCAGUACUACCCGGACCCGGAACGGUUUGAUCCGGAGCGGUUUUCCGACCAGAACCGAGCUAGCCUCAACCAGGAUGCUUAUCUGCCGUUUGGAACCGGGCCUCGGAAUUGUAUCGGUUCGAGGUUAACACUGAUGCAGGCCAAGUGUUAUCUGUUUUAUUUGCUGACAAGCUUCGAUGUGGAGCUUUCGAAGAAGACCGAUGUACCGAUUCAGCUUGAUUUACGAUCAAGUGGGCUCAAUGCCAAAAAUGGUUUCUGGAUGAAUUUGGUUCCACGAAUCAAAUAAGAGACAUAAUGUGUGCAAAUUUUGAAAACUACAUAUUCUUAAAACAAUGUAAAAUACUUACGGUUAAAAUAGAAGCAUCUGAAAUAAAGGAAGAAAUACUUAA